AUGCUAGCGAGGUUCCGUGCCAGGCGAGCCACCCUUCUUGUGGCCUUUGCCUUCACCUUAUGCACCAUCUUUGCCAUCAAUUUUUUCGCCACCGGCUCCUACGACACAGUACACUCGAGUAGUACGUACAGCUGGUCGAGCCUCUCAGCAUACCUGCCAUCUGUAUCAGAUGGCGAAGGCACCCUCCGACCAGACUGCGCCGUCGCUUCGAAAGAUGAUGAAGAAGAUGAUGAAGAAGACGUCACCCGGACCCACCCGGGCGACCCGCCCUUCGUCAAACUCGACGACCUCCUCGCCUCCGCCAACUCCGCCCGCCUCGCCCGGCAGCGCCGGCCCGCCCGCGGCUGCCCGCCCCCGUCCACCGGCCGCCUGUGCCGCCUGGAAGACGUGUUCGACGAGAUCAUCGUCAUCUCUCUGCCGCGCGCCACCGAGCGGCUGGCCCGCGUUCGGGCCCAGCUGCGCGCACUGGGCGUGCCCUACACGCUGGUCCACGCCGUCGACGGCCGGCUCAUGGGCGGCUCGGCCGAGCUGGCCAAGCUCGUCAUGGCCGACCAGCGCGACCAGCACCCGGGCGUGUUCAGCCUCUUCCUCACGCAUCUGGGUCUCCUGGAGUACGUGGCCCGGUCGCCGGGCCUCGAGCGGGUGCUGCUGCUCGAAGAUGACGUCAUCCUCUGCGCCGACUUUCCGCGCGCCUUCGACACGCGCGUGCGUCGCAUUCCAGACGACUGGCGCCUGCUGUGGCUCGGCGGGGUGGUCGACUGGACCAGUCGCUACAAGAACGCCGAGGCCCUGGAUCACUUUGUCGACGCCGGCUUCGCCCGGCCCGUCACGCUCUGGUCGUCGUGGGCCGUCGGCAUACACCGCGAGGCCGCGGCCGUCAUCGGCCCGACCAUGGUCGCCGCCCGCGGCGCCAUUGACCAGAAGGCCUACCAGGAGUGCAUCGCCAAGUGGCCCGACCAAACCGUGCUCAUGUGGCCGCCCGUGGCCAUGACCAACCCGUACCACGGCUCGCUGCUGGGCCACAACUGGGGCAUACCGCCGGCCGUGUGGGCGCGCAACAACGGGCUCGACUUGGCCCACUACGACCUGGCGCGCGGCUACCACACCGGCGGCGAGCUGGGCGCCGACGUGCGCUGCGUGGUCGACCGCAACGACGCCGGCGGCAGCGACGACGACUACGGGGCGUGGGAGUACCCCAAGGCGCAGAUCGCGGGCCGGGCGGUGACGGCGAGCGCGGCCGAGUGCUGCGCCCGGUGCUCGGCCUACUUCCCGCAGUGCCAGGCCUGGCUGUGGUACCCGCCGCUCGCGACCAACAGCGCCCACCGCAACAGCACAUGCGUGAUGGCCUUCGACCCGGCCGCGCGCGUGCCGUCGGCGCCCCGCAACGACUCGAGCGGUCUGGUCGACGUGGCCGUGUCGGGCCGGCUCGUGCAGGAGGACAGCGUGCCACGCGUGCCCAACGUGGUCCACUUUGUGUCGCCGCGCACGACCACCACCAAGCCGCGGCCGGUCGAUGUGUGGACCUACCUGGCCGUGCUCAGCGCGGCGGUCAACGCCGAGCCCGACGAGAUCCGGUGGCACCACGGCGGCGACGGCGGCGGCGGCCACCUGCUCGAGGGCGCGUGGUGGGAGUGCACGCGGCAGCUGGUCGUGCCCCUGGAGCGCAUCUUCAACGAAGGUGCCGACCUCACCGACGACGCGCACAGGGCCGACGCGGCCGGGAUCGAGGUGCUGAUCGAAGAGGGCGGCGUCUACCUCAACACCGACGCGCUCGUGCUGCGCUCGUUCGAGCCGCUGCGCGCGCGCGAGGUGGUCACGCUCGCGACCGACGGGUUCAACAGCAGCGCGCUGGGCGUCGUAGUGGCGCCGGCGGGCGCGGUCUUUCUGCGUCGGUGGUGGGCCGCCUACCAGGCCGGGUUCGACCGGAACAGCAGCAACGCGCUGGAGCACCACAAGUGGCUGGGCGAGCUGACGCGGCGCAUGGCCAAGGAGUUGCCCGGCGAGGCCCGGCUGCUGUCGCACGCGGCCUUCUACCCGCGGUCGUACGCGCCGGCCCAGCUCAAGGUCGCCUACGAGGCCGACGACUGCGCGCUGGGGCUCGAAGCCGAGUCGUUCACGGUCUACCGAUACUCGGCCGAGGCCCAGGCGACGGCGGCGACCGAGGCGGAGAGGCGCGCGGGCCUCAACGACUGGCCGCCGGCGGACGAGCUGGAGGCGGUGUGGAUGGGCAAGGGCAGCCUGCAUCGGGUGGCGCGGGCCGUUCUGCGCAAGGCGCUGGCCAGAGGGCAGCUGUGUGCGGUGGCCGAGAAGGAGGUGCGGCGGCUCGCGGCCCGCCGAGACACACCCACCUGCCCCCCCUAA